UUCUCCAACUAAUAUCCUUAUCAAACUAUGCACUAUGCAUGCAUAUUGCUAGAACCACUUCGCGCUUGGAUUCUUGGGUCUUCUGCAUGCAGGGACGGAGCUCUCCAUAUUCAAAGGCCAACUUUUUUACGUCAAAAGACUCGCCGAUUAUUCAUCCAGAACUCGAUCAAAAGAUGCGCAUACAUGCAUACAUGCAUUCAUGCAUUCAUGUAGCGGAUCCAUCGAAGGGGGAGGCUUGAUGAUCUGGCACCAGAAGCGGGCCCAUUUUGGGCACAAUGGAACAAGCCAAUCCUUUCAAGUAAGACUAGCUCAAUUACGUGGGGCCACCUAGGGACGCCUUUGGAACACGAGACCGAACAAAGCGAGGGCGCUGCCACAUGAAGUAAGUAUGUAAUCGGUGGAUGAUGGGUUCAAUCAAUGUUCUCAAGCGGACACUCUUGCAAUACCAAUACCCACAGUGAGUCGGUCGGCUCGGAGUUCAUGAUCUCGCGUGGAUGUACCAUAUUGAUGACAAAACAAGGGAAUCAUAAUCAUCACCUCGAAUGAUGAUUAUCAGUCCCGUCUUCGUUUCGUCCUGAGACC